AUGACCUCGGACCCCGCCGAGCCCGAGGAGACGCCGCCGGCCUUCGUCGUCUUCUUCCCGUUCCUCAUCGGGGUGUCGUUCUUCUUCUCCAUGCUCUCCAAGCGCCAUGAGGAGAAGACUCCCGACGACGAAAGCGGCGACGACAGUGCGCCGCCCACCCCGUCACCGCGGCCGCGCUGGACCUCGCGUAUGGUCCUCAUGCCCGGUCGGCCUCCUCGGUGA